AUGCGCUUUAAUCAGGUACUGCUGCAGGUCGCCAUCGCCGGCCAGGUCAGCGCCAUUGCGCGGGAUCCUGGCGUCUCUGGGCCGCCGCUGGAGCUCGUUCAUGAGUUCUAUGACGAGUGGCCGACAGGUGUUGCUGUUUCGUCCACCGGCCGCAUGUUCGCCUGCUACCCUCUCGGGCUGGAUGCGAACAACACCAAAUACCAGGUCGCCGAGCUGAUCAACCGCACCGCCGAGACGCCGUAUCCGACUACCGAGAUCAAUUCUCCUCCUGGAGGACCGUUCAACUAUUCUACCACUCCUCCGACCUCGGUCAACUAUGCGGAUUACCUGAUCAGCGUGCAAAGCGUGUAUAUCGAUGCUAAGGACCGACUGUGGAUUCUGGAUACGGGCCGCGCGCAGACUCCUGAUGGCAACCUACUGUUAGCCACCCAUGGUGGUCCUAAGAUCGUCGGCGUCAAUCUCACCACCAACGAAGUGUUCCAGACCAUUACAUUCCCGCUGGAUGUGGCGUAUCCGGACUCGUAUUUGAAUGAUGUACGCUUUGAUCUGCGCACCACCAUCACCGAGUCCGGAGAAGGGGUCGCGUAUCUGACCGACUCAAGCUUCGUGGGCCGCAAUGGCAUCGUAGUGGUGGACCUGGGCACGGGUGAAUCCUGGCGACACCUGGAUGAUCUGCUAUGGGCCAAAGCCGAUGUGAACUUCGAGGUGACCAUCUGGGGGGACACAAUCCAGAACCAGGCGACGGGCAGCGACGGAAUCACCGUCUCGGCCGACGGGGAGACGCUGUACUUUGGCGUGGUGAGCGGGCGGUACAUCUACUCGGUGCCCACCGCCCGGCUGCUCGACAGCUCUUCGACCAACGCGCAGAUGCGGUCCCUGGCGGCAGUCAACCGCUUGGUACAGAAAGGGGUCAGCGACGGCUACGAGGUCGACUCGAACGGAUACAUCUACCUCGGCAGUUUCGAGGCCAACGCCAUUAAUAUCUUCUUCCCGGAUAACCUGACCGUGUCGACCUUUGUGCGCGACCCGCGUAUCGGCUGGACCGAUACCCUGAGCGUCGUCAGCCUGCCGAGCAACGACAGUAGCUCGUCUGCCACCACAGGCUAUGUCUACUUCACCGAGAAUCAGCUCUGGCGAUCUGAGCGCCAGAAGCCUUAUGCCCUGUUCCGCGUUCCCCUGCCGGACGGAGGGCAGAAAGCUGUCAUUUGA